GACAGCAAUGAUGACAUUGAAGAUGUGUCUCUCUUUGAUGCAGAUGAUGAUGUAUCCAGGAGAUCAAAAAAGUCAAAAAUAAGGCAUCCAGUGGCAUCAUUUUUCCACUUAUUCUUUCGAGUCAGUGCGAUAGCUGUCUAUCUGCUCUGUGAGCUCUUAACUAGCAGCUUUAUUGCCUGCAUGGUGACCAUUAUCCUCCUCUUGUCCUGUGACUUUUGGGCUGUAAAGAAUGUCACAGGGCGACUGAUGGUUGGCCUUCGCUGGUGGAACCAGGUGGAUGAUGAUGGUAGGAGUCACUGGGUGUUUGAAGCCAGGAAGGUAUCAGCACAAAGGAGUAAAACCUCAUCAGAAGCAGAAUCUCGAAUUUUCUGGUUAGGUCUAAUUACCUGUCCUGUGAUCUGGGUGAUAUUUGCUUUCAGCGCUCUCUUUUCUUUCAAAGUGAAAUGGCUGGCAGUGGUUGUGAUGGGAGUGGUGCUUCAGGGAGCCAACCUUUACGGUUAUAUCAGGUGUAAAGUUGGCAGUAGAAAGAACUUGACGAGCAUGGCGACCAGCUAUCUUGGAAAGCAGUUCUUGCGGCAGACUGUGGCAAAAGAGGACCAAACAGCAUCCUGA